AUGGAAAUAUUAGAAAAUUUACUUGAUGUAAAUUUGUCAAAUAGUUUAGAACCUCAAUUUAAUAUUUCUCCAAUUCAAGAAACGACCCAAGAAAUUAUUACUUUCAAUAAAAGUGAAAUUGAUAAUUUUGCUUCCAAUAAUUUGAAUUCCUCAAAAAAGAUCCCUCCAGAAGAUGCAAGAGAAAACGGUGCAUUGUGUUAUAAGGAUUUGCCUUCAAAUACUUCAAUAAAUUAUAUUAUUCCUAAUGAAAUGAAUUAUAGCAAUGCAGUUUUAUAUGUUAAUAAAGAUGACAUCAAAAAAUCUCUUGGUCAGUGGGCUGAUGAUUGUAAUGUUCCUCAAAGCACAGUAAACAGGCUUUUGAGUGUCUUAAAAUAUAAAGCACAACUUACAUACCUACCAAAAGAUUGUCGAACAUUAUUAAAAUCAACAUCUACAAAGGUUUUCAAUAUAAGAGAAGUAAAACCAGGAAUAUACUACCACUUUGGCAUAAAAAAAGGUAUCCAAAGAUAUUCAUCGAUUUUGUAUACUAAUGAACAAAUAAAGAUUGCUAUUGGUAUAGAUGGGCUUCCAAUAUCAAAGAGUAGUUCAGGUCAGUUAUGGCCAAUUUUGGGAUAUAUUAUUCCUUACCGAAAAUAUAUUUUUCCAGUAGGAAUAUACUAUGGAAAUGAAAAACUACAAGAUAGUAACGAUUUCCUUUUAAACUUCAUUACAGAAAUCAUAGAUUUAUCAAUGAAUGGGAUCGUUAUUAAUAAUGAAGUAAAAAAAGUUAAAAUUGAACUAAUGUGCUGUGAUGCACCAGCGAAAUCGUUCGUACUACGUGUAAAGGGUCAUUCUGUUUUUUUUCAUGUACACGCUGUGUACAAGAAGGUGAUUACAUAA